ACUUAACCUAAAAAAAAAGAAAAUACUUGAAAAAAUUUGACAGAUGCAUUUAUUAUGACAAAUGCAUUUGACAGAUUUAACAAACACAGUGAUUUUUAGUGUAAAUAUAAUUUUUAAUAUUUAAUAUAAGAAUUCAUAUUAAGACAACAGUUUCCAUGGCAAUUUUUCAAAAUGAUCAAGUUUACACCAAAUCAUUUACUCCUCGAGAGUAUCAGGUGGAACUUCUCUACACGGGAAAGGAGAAGAAUAUAAUUGUUUGUUUAGGAAAAAGUUCAGAACAAACUUUUAUUGUUAUCAAAUUAAUUCAAGAACUUUCCAAUAGUACUAGAAGAUUAUUUUCCGAUGGUGGAAAACGAUCAAUUUAUGUAUUAAGAGAUAAAGAAAAAUGUUUAAUAAAAGCAACUUACGUUCGACAAUUAACAGACUUGAAAGUAAUAAUAUGUGAUUCUGGAGUAAGGGCAGAUUUUAAGGAACAAUUUUCUAAUGUUCAGGUAAUAGUAACGACGCUUGAAACAUGCGCACAAUUAAUAGAAGAAAAGAAAAUACUGCCAAAUGAAAUAAAUUUAGUUGUAGUUGAUCAGUGCCAUAAAUCUGAGGAAAGAAAUAAACUCGAUUAUAUAUUGAAAUAUUUUUUAUCCAGCAAUGAUGUGCCCCGAAUAAUUGGUCUUGCUGUGCCUUUAUUUAAUUUGACAACUGUUCCUGGCCGAAUUGGUCGUGAAAUAGAAAAAAUUGAAGCUCUUUUUCAAUGUGAAAUUGAAACAGCAAGCGAUAUCAUAUCAAUACUUCGUUAUAGUCCAAAACCAAAGGAGCUUAUUAUAGAAUAUGACGAAGGUGUCAAAUGUAAUUUAUAUGAGAAUUUAGAAAUUUAUGCCAAUGAAGCUUUAUCAUUUUUAAAUGAUCAUCGUUAUGAUCCAACGGAAAUUUAUACGGAAGAAUUUCUUGAGGAUAUACAAAAAAUUCCCAAUCCCACAGAGAAACCAUGCGAAAUGAUAAAUGAUUUUUUAUAUAUUCUUAAAACACUUGGACCAUGGUGUGCAGAUCGUGCAGCACUUGCACUUAUAAUGUUAAGUGAAAAAUUAAAAAUUAAAACACCCUACGAAAGGCAUUAUCUUCUUUUUAAUAUGGUGGAAUCUUUAUUUAUAAAAAUAAGAGCACAUUGUGACUAUGUUUUUGAACAAUUCAGUGAAAAGGAAAGAAUUUAUAAAUUUUCAACACCAAAAGCACAUCGUUUGCUGAAAGUUUUGAAAACUUAUACGCCCGUUCAAAAUAAAGAGACAAAGUCUGAUGAUAAGCAAACUAAUGAUGUAAAGAAAAAUAUAGCUAAUGAAACAAAUUCAAAUCAUAGAGAAACAUUUCGAAAAUCGGGUAUUAAUUGGCGAUCAAAUGAAGAUGGUCACAGAAAACCAAUAAAAUCCUCAAGAUAUAUGCGUGGAAUUACAGAUCCAGAUUUGCUUUGUGGAAUUAUUUUCGUUAAUAAGGGAUUCACUGCAAAAAUUUUGUUUUAUUUGUUAAAUGAAAUCAGUAAACACGAUGAGGAUUUAAAAUUUUUAUCGCCACUCUACACUAGUGAAAAAUCAAAUGAGGAUGUUAGUUAUUCGCGUGAUGUUGCGAUGGAGCAUAAAAAACAAGAAGAAGUUUUAAAACGUUUUCGAAUUCACGAAUGUAAUUUACUCAUAGCUACUUCAAUUUUAGAAGAAGGAAUUGACAUUCCAAAAUGUAAUCUCGUCAUGAGAUAUGAUUUUCCAAAGAAUUAUCAAUCGUAUGUACAAUGUAAAAGUAGAGCGAGAGCAGUUGACGCUUUACAUAUUCUUCUAGUGUCACGAGAUGAAACAAAAGAUUCUGUAUGGCAACUCGCUCAAUAUCAUUAUAUUCAAAAGAUUUUAUUACUUAAAUGUUCAAAUAAAGAACCGACUGAAAAUGAAGAAUUUGAGGCUGAUAAAUAUACAGAUAUCAUUCCACAUUAUAAACCCCUUGAUGAGGAAGACUCAGCUAAAGUCUCUUUUAAUUCAGCUAUUUCUUUAGUAAAUCGAUAUUGUGCAAAAUUACCGAGUGAUACAUUCACUCGAUUGACUCCUGAAUGGAAUACAGAAAUAGUUGAAAUCGAUGAGAAACAAAUGUUUAUUUGUUCCCUUCGUUUGCCAAUUAAUUCGCCUGUGAAAUACGUUGUUUCUUCGUAUCCAAUGCCAAAUAGAGCGAUGGCACGAAGAAUGGCCGCUUUACAAUUAUGCGUUGAAUUGCAUAGAAGAAAUGAAAUUGACGACAAUCUUUUACCAAUUGGCAAGGAGAAUUUUAAAGCAAAACCCGAAGAUGCUGAAGUUCCAGCAUUACCCGAUGAAAGUAGAGCCGAUUUUUCGGAAGCUCGACCUGGAACGACAAAACGUAGACAAUAUUAUUACAAAAAGACUGCUGAAGCAUUGACUGACUGUCGGCCUGUGAUUGGAAAACCAGCUUUUUUAUAUCAUAUUAAUAUGGUUCUAAGUUGUCCUUUGCCCGAAGAACAAAAUACAAGAGGACGUAAAAUUUAUCCACCUGAAGAUGCCGAUAUUGGAUUUGGUAUUUUGACUCUUAAAGAAAUACCAAAACUUUGUCCUUUUCCAAUUUACACACGAUCGGGUGAAGUGCACGUUACACUUACGCUUAGCAAGCAAACUGUGAUCUUAGAUGAAAAUCAAAUCGAUAGAAUGGCAACAUUUCUUAAUUAUACAUUUACAAAUGUAUUAAGACUCCAAAAGUAUUUAAUGCUCUUUGAUUUGAAUGCAUCAGAGAAUUCUUAUAUUAUUGUUCCUGUAAAAAAGAGUAGGUAUUCAAUUUUUUUGUUUAAAAAUAAUUUAAUUAAUCUAAAGAUAAAAUUUAUUAUUUUCAUUUUAGUUUCGUCAAAUCGCGAUGUUAUGGUUGAUUGGGAAUUUCUCGAUAGUAUUUAUAAAAAUCGAGAAAUGGUCCCACGUCAAAUGCCCGAGGAGGAAAGAAAAGAUUUUAAAUUUGACGCAACAAAAUAUCAUGACGCAGUAAUAAUGCCAUGGUAUAGAAAUAAAGAUCAGCCACAGUAUUUUUAUGUAGCCGAAAUUUGUCCGAAUUUAAGUCCAAAAUCAUCAUUUCCCGGCGCCGAUUAUAAUACAUUUGAGGAAUAUUAUUUAAAAAAAUAUGACAUUCAAAUACAAAAUUUGAAGCAACCUUUAUUAGACGUUGAUCACACUUCCGCUAGACUCAAUUUUUUAACUCCCAGGUAUGUGAAUCGAAAAGGUGUUGCUCUACCAACGAGUAGCGAGGAGACAAAAAAGGCAAAACGGGAGAAUUUAGAGCAAAAGCAAAUACUCGUUCCUGAAUUAUGUGCAAUUCAUCCUUUUCCAGCAUCACUUUGGCGGCAAGCUGUCUGUUUACCUUGCAUUCUUUAUCGAAUAAAUGCUCUUCUAUUAGCUAAUCAAAUUCGAUGUCAAGUAGCACAAAUGAUUAAUUUAGGUCAAGAAUAUUUAAACACAGAUUUCAAAUGGGAACCAUUGGAUUUUGGUUGGAGUCUCGCGGAUGUUUUAAAUAAAUCAAAAGAAUUAAAUAAAACAAAUGAGGCAAAAAUGAAAAAUCAAUUAAAUUCCAUUGGAAAUAAUACACUAUUAAAACCAGUUAAAAUAGAAACAAUAAAAACAAUAAAAAAAUUAAAAGAAAUUCCCCAAGAUGAAAAAGAUUCAUGUAAUGAAAAUGAAUUGGAAAUUGGUACAUGGUCAAAUGAUAUGGCAAUAUUAUCAAUGGAUUUUAAUUCAAAAGAAGCAUUUCCCCUUGAUGUCACUGCACUUGAGGAAAAUUUCAAUUGGAAUGACGUUCGUUAUGGUUCACCAACUUAUGAAUCAGACGAUGCUUAUGAUUCAGAUGAGACUUAUAGCGAUGGUUUUGGUGAUUCAAGUGAUGAUAGUGAUGAUGAAGGUAGAGGAUUAAAAAUUGCCUAUAUGGGUGAAAAUAUUGCCGAAGCUGUUGAAGAUGAAAAACAAAUAACAAAACGUGAAAUAAAUAAAAAAAUUCUCGAACUUCUUGAAAGUGAAAAAAAUUCCAAUGAAAAUUCAUGGAUUUAUGAAAGUGAUUCUGAUAAUGAUUUUGAUUUGGAGAAACAUAAAAAUGCACAUUUUGAAUUUGCUAAAAUACGUCGUGAACAAAUAUUUAAUAAUGGAUCAUUUAUUUCAUAUGAUGAGGAAAUUUUAAUAACACGUAAAAAUUUGCAAAAUUAUUCAAUGAAUUUAAAAUUAAAUAAUGAUAAUUAUAAUAAUGAUUAUAUGGAAAAAAUUGCAAAAAAAUUUAAAGAACAUUUAAAAUGUGGUAAAUUUAUUGAUAAUAAUGAAUUGUUAAAAACAAAUUUCAACAAACAAAUAAAAAUUAAACAAGGUAAAAGUUUAUUUAGUUUUGAUUAUCAACCAAUAUUGGAAGGCAAUUCGGGACCAAGUCCAAGUUUAAUAUUACAAGCUUUAACAAUGUCAAAUGCAAAUGAUGGUAUUAAUUUGGAGCGUCUUGAAACAAUUGGCGAUUCAUUUCUUAAAUAUGCAAUAACAACAUAUUUAUAUUGUACAUAUGAUAAUAUUCAUGAGGGUAAAUUAAGUCAUUUACGUUCAAAACAAGUGAGUAAUUUAAAUCUCUAUCGUCUUGGUCGGCAAAAAAUGUUGGGCGAAAGUAUGAUAGCAACAAAAUUUGAACCACAUGACAAUUGGUUACCACCAUGUUAUUAUGUGCCUAAAGAAUUGGAACAGGCAUUAAUUGAAUCGGGUGUACCGUCAACAUUAUGGAAUCAAGCCGAUAUGCCACAAUUGCAAGCUGUUAAUCCAAUGGAAAUAAAUCAAUUGGUACGUGAAACUGAGCAUAAAUUAGAAAUAAUGAAAAUUGAAUUGGAUCGUAAUGAUAGUGAAUCAAUAAAUGAUGUUGAUAAUAAUUUACGUUGUUUUAUACCUUAUAAUUUAAUAACACAACAUAGUAUACCGGAUAAAAGUAUUGCUGAUUGUGUUGAGGCAUUAAUUGGUGCUUAUUUAAUUGCCUGUGGACCAAGGGGUGCUCUUUUAUUUAUGGCUUGGUUGGGAAUACAUGUUUUGCCCACGGAGAAAUUUUACAUUGUUCAAGAUAAUGAGCCAAAUGAAAGACCGGCUGGUAGCUCACCAUACGUUCAAGAAACAAAUGAACACGGUCAAAUUGUUUGGAAGCAGAUUCGUUAUGGUAAAUUGGAGGAACCACAAAAUCCAUUAUUAAAAUAUGUGCCAAAUCCUGAACAUGAAUUGGAACAAAUGCUCGAUGGUUAUGAUUUUUUGGAGGAAAAAAUUGGUUAUAAAUUCAAUGAUAGAAGUUAUUUGCUACAAGCAUUUACACAUGCUUCUUAUCAACCAAAUAGAUUAACCGAUUGUUAUCAGCGAUUAGAAUUUCUCGGCGAUGCUGUUUUAGAUUAUUUAAUCACAAGGCAUUUGUAUGAAGAUUCAAGGCAACAUUCACCUGGAGCAUUAACUGAUUUAAGAUCAGCUCUUGUAAAUAACACAAUUUUCGCAUCAUUGGCAGUAAGAUGUGGUUUUCAAAAAUAUUUUCGUCAUUUAUCACCGGGAUUGAGUGUUGUUAUUGAUAGAUUUGUCAGAAUUCAAGAAGAAAAUGGACAUUCCAUUAGCGAAGAGUAUUAUUUAAUUGGAGAGGAAGAAUGUGAAGAAGCAGAAGAUGUUGAAGUACCAAAGGCAUUGGGAGAUGUUUUUGAAUCUCUAGCAGGUGCAAUUUAUUUAGACAGCGGAAUGUCCCUGGAUGCUGUUUGGAGUGUUUAUUAUAAAAUAAUGAAAUCUGAAAUUGAGCAAUUUAGUACAAAUGUUCCUAAAUCACCGAUUCGUGAACUUUUGGAAUUGGAGCCAGAAACGGCGAAAUUUGGUAAACCAGAAAAAUUGGCAGAUGGUCGACGUGUUCGUGUAAUUGUUGAUGUUUUUGGUAAAGGUUCAUUUAAAGGAAUUGGACGAAAUUAUCGUAUUGCAAAAUGUACAGCGGCAAAAUGUGCAUUAAAAAAAUUAAAAAGAAUGCAAAAUUGCCAAAAGGAAAAACUAUAAUAUAUUUGUAAAUAAUUAACUAAAAAAGUAAUUUAAAUAAUUUUUUAAUUUAUAUAUGCAAAAUAGAGAGAAAAGUCAUAUAGGAAAAUUAUAAAUGUUUAAUUGUAAUUAGAUGAUACUUUUGUAUCAUUAUUUUCCAUGAAAUGAUUUUUUUAAAGUAUUCUCAAACAAAUCAAUAAAAAAAUUUUGUCAAUCGCGAUUUAAUUUCUGAAAUAUAUUUUAUUUAGAUCGAAUAGUGUUUUUGCUUUCGAUCUAAAAAAAAAGGAAAAUUAAAAUAAAUCGUGUCAUUUUUUUAUUUUAUUAGUGUGAGAAUUUUUUUUAAUAUUUAAUGAUUGUAUACAUACAAAGACUGUUAAAGCGUGCAAUUAUAGUCCUUUGAUGAUAAAAUUGUGUUUUUGAAUUAAUUUAUCUUCAAAUUAUUAUUCUUUUUUUUUUUUUGAAAUUUGGCGGACAUUUUCUUCCAGUCACGUGACUUGCGCGUGUGCAUUAGAGAAUUGAACAUAACCUCAAAUUUCAGUGUUUGCCGAACAAUUGCGAAGUUAAUCAAAAUUCAAUUAAAAUCAAUAAAUUAAGAAAUUUGAUUAAAAAUUUGUUACAUUUUAUUUCAUUACGUUAUUUUGUACACCUUAUUUCCCAAUUGAGAUAUAAAUAUUUUGAAUGUAACGAAAAAAAAAAGAA